UGCUUGAUUUCAAAAUUAGGGUAAUUGAUUAAGCAGCAGCAGUUCGGUUAUCCAUCACCGGGUCAAAUUUACCACCUACUAUUAAGGGAAUUUGUUUAUUAUUGACAAAAUUAAGCAUAUAGCCAUAGUGAAAAAAAUCCCCAGACUACUUUUGGAAACAAAAUAUAAAUAUGGCAGCUUAAUAUCUCUCACUCUGUGUUUAAUCACCACAUCGCCUUUCUCUCUCUCUCUCUCUUUGCACAGUAGUAGUUGUUGCAACAAAAACCCUAAAAGGCCUUCUUUGCGAGAACGAUUCGCCGCCAUAUUCAUACUUUAUAACUUAUUACCUUCUUCUCUUCUUCUUCUUCUUCUUCAUUUUCUUUAUACUUGUUUGGAUGAACAUGACCCUUUGCCCAACACUUAAUUUAUUGUAGUUUAUUUAUUAUUAUGAUAUGAGUGCUGUUUCUUUAUAUUUGAUCGUGACGUCUCUAUUCAUCUUCAAGAACUGAGUCAAAAGUGAAUUUGUGAAUAAACAUGUUACCCGAAAUGGGUAGGAGGCCGAUUGUUGGAAAUGGUGAAAGUUCAUAUCCGGAUGAGUUUGAGCAGGAGAUAGGGAUGUUGCUCCGUGAACAGAGGAGGCAAGAGGCUGAUGAUCUUGAAAAGGAGCUUAAUCUGUAUAGAAGUGGAUCAGCUCCACCGACAGUGGAGGGUUCACUAAGUGCAGUUGGUGGGUUGUUCAACCAUGGGGCCAGUGGUGGCACUGCCGAAAGUGGAGCUGGUGUUAGUGCAGCAAUUGCUGAGUUUGCAAGAAAUAAGAAUGGUAACGGGUUCAUGUCCGAGGAGGAGCUUAGGUCUGAACCUGCGUAUUUAUCUUACUAUUACUCGAAUGUUAAUUUGAACCCGCGGCUUCCGCCUCCUCUGUUGUCAAGAGAGGAUUGGCGGUUUGCUCAGAGGCUGCAAGGAGGGAGUUCUGCUAUUGGGGAUAAGAGGAAGGUGAACAGGAGUGACAGUGGCAAUGGUGGGAGAUCCCUCUUUUCAAUGCCCCCUGGUUUUAAUUCGAAGAAGCAAGAAAGUGAGAAUGAGGACAAACUGCAGGGUCCUGUAGAGUGGGGUGGUGAUGGACUUAUUGGUUUGCCUGGAUUAGGACUUGGUAGCAAGCAGAAGAGCCUUGCAGAGAUUUUUCAGGAUGACAUGAACCGUGCUACUCCUGUUCCCGGACACCCUUCUCGCCCUGCUAGCAGAAAUGCUUUUGAUGAAAAUUCUAGUGCUAUGGCUUCAACAGAGGCUGAGUUAGCUCAUCUGCGUCGGGAAUUGUCUUCAUCUGAUCUAGUACACUCUACUUCAUAUACUCCGACCUCAUCUGCUCCUCAGCACACAGGAACAGCUGCGUCAUUCUCUUAUGCUGCUGUCUUGGGUGCAUCCUUGUCAAGAAGCUCAACUCCUGAUCCUCAACGCAUCGCAAGAGCACCAAGUCCUUGCCCAACUCCCAUUGGUGGAGGCUGGGGGGGAAAUUCCGAGAAAAGAAACAUAAAUAGUCCUAACUCUUUCAAUGGUGUAGCUUCCCAUUCCAAUGAACCUGCUGAUCUUGCAGUUGCUUUAUCUGGCUUGAACCUUUCAAAUGGUAUCGUGGAUGAGGAGAAUCAUUCAUCCUCCCAGAUUGAGUCGGAGGCUGAUGACCACAAUAAUUAUUCUUUUAAUCUUCAGGGAGGCCAAAAUAACACUAGGCAACAAUCUUAUAAGAAGAAACAUGAAGCUGGGCCAUAUAAUAUGUCUGCUGUUCCCCAGGCAGGUAAAAUAAUGCCUUCUGAUUCUGGUAUGAGAAAUGGAGGUGGAUCAGAUUUAAGUGGUAAUCAUUCUUUUCAAUCUGAGCUGCACAGAAAUGUUGUCCCUUCUAAUAAUUCAUACCUACAAGUUUCUCCUAAUGCUGCAGCUAACGGUGGGGGUGGUGGAUUUUCUCAGUAUCAGCAUCUGGAUAGUCCUAACUCAUCAUUUUCAAAUUAUGGAUUAAGUGGGUACCCUAUGAGUCCAAUAUCAGGUCAACUUGGUGGGUCUAAUUUGCCACCAUUGUUUGAAAACGCUGCUGCUGCAUCAGCUAUGGCUGUACCUGGGAUGGACUCUAGGAUGUUGGGGGGAUCAAAUAUGGGUGCUGCUGCUGAGCAUAGCCUUGGAAGAUUAGGAAAUCAGGUUCUGGGUAGCGCCCUGCAGGCACCCUUUGUCGACCCUUUGUAUCAGCAGUAUUUGAGAACCGCUGAAUAUUCUGCACAAGUAACCGCUCUCAAUGAUCCUUCUUUCGAUAGGAACUAUAUGGGUAACUCAUACAUGGACCUGCUCCAGAAAGCCUAUGUUGCAAAUAUGAUAUCUCCUCAGAAAUCUCAAUAUGGUGCUCCAUUGGGUGGUAAAACAGGUGUAUCUAGCCCUCAUGGUUACUAUGGGAAUCCUGCUUUUGGGCUCGGAGUGUCAUAUCCCGGAAGUCCCCUGGCUAGUUCAGUAAUUCCUAAUUCUGGAGGCCCUGGUAGCCCUCUAAGGCAUGGAGACUUCAAUGUCAGAUUCCCUGGUGGGUUAAGAAAUGUUCCCGGGAGCAUAAUUGGACCCUGGUCCUUGGAUAACAUGGAUAGUACUUUUGCUUCUUCACUGCUGGAAGAGUUCAAGAGCAAUAAAGCAAAGUGCUUUGAACUUUCAGAGAUUGUCGGUCAUGUCGUUGAAUUCAGUGCUGAUCAAUAUGGAAGCCGAUUCAUUCAACAAAAGCUUGAAACUGCAACAAUAGAAGAGAAGAACAUGGUUUUUGAGGAAAUUUUUCCACAAGCUCUUGCAUUAAUGACUGAUGUGUUUGGUAAUUAUGUAAUACAAAAGUUCUUCGAACAUGGUAUGGCAUCUCAACGAAGAGAGCUGGCUGACAAGCUUUUUGGUCAUGUACUUAAUCUAAGCCUCCAAAUGUAUGGUUGUAGGGUGAUCCAAAAGGCAAUAGAAGUUGUCGAUGUGGAUCAAAAGAUCAAAAUGGUGGGGGAGCUGGAUGGGCAUGUCAUGCGUUGUGUUCGUGAUCAGAAUGGGAAUCAUGUUAUCCAGAAGUGCAUCGAGUGUGUCCCCGAGGAGCAUAUUCAGUUUAUUGUCUCGACAUUCUAUGAUCAAGUUGUGACCCUCUCGACGCACCCUUAUGGUUGCCGUGUGAUACAGCGAGUUUUAGAGCACUGUAAGGAUGAAACUACCCAGAGCAAAGUUAUGGAAGAAAUUUUGGGAUCUGUAAGUAUGCUGGCACAAGAUCAGUAUGGGAACUACGUUGUUCAGCAUGUACUGGGGCAUGGAAAGCCACACGAGCGAUCAACCAUCAUUCAGGAAUUAGCUGGGAAUAUUGUCCAGAUGAGCCAACAGAAGUUUGCAUCAAAUGUUGUCGAAAAAUGCUUAACAUUUAGCGAUCCUAGUGAACGCCAACUGUUGGUGAAUGAGAUGCUUGGAACAACUGAUGAGAAUGAGCCUCUUCAGGCCAUGAUGAAAGACCAAUUUGCAAAUUACGUUGUACAGAAAGUUUUAGAAACUUGUAGUGAUCAGCAGCGUGAACUGAUCAUGUCAAGAAUAAGAGUCCAUUUGAACGCAUUAAAGAAAUACACAUAUGGGAAGCACAUAGUAGCCCGUGUGGAGAAACUUGUUGCUGCUGGGGAGAGGAGAAUUGCUGCUCAGACCCCAAUAGCGUAGACGUGUAGUAGGAAAGAAAGAAGUUGUACAGCUAACCGAGGCUAGUUUGGGCUACCUCUCUUUCUCGUCUUUCUUUCUUAAGCUUUUGAUGAUGAGGUUAUAAGCUUCUGAUUGCAAAUAAAGCUGUUACCUGUACAUUGUGUAGUGCUAAGUUUAUAGGUAGAGAGAGUCUAGUAAGAGCUGAGGCCCCAAUUCUGCUGCUGCUGCUGCUGAUGCUGAGGAGAAGAUUCAAAUUGACAAUACUGAUGGAUGCCGAGGGUGUAAUAUAGUGCAAAGUGACUGUACAAAAUUAUGCCAUUUUCGAGAGUUGAAGUUGCUUUUCUGUGUAAGGCUGAGAGGAUUGCUAUGUAUGGUAAUUUACAGUUUUAUA